AUGCAGGAGCAACACGCCGAUGAUGUAGAGGUUGAGGACCUUGGCAUCUUACCUACCUAUUACGAGGCCGCUUACAAGGCCGGCCAGGCCAUCGACCGGGCCAGUGGCAAGGGUCUCCCCGACCGAGCAAUCCUGUGCAGUUCCAGGGGCCAGGUGCGCAGAUGCCUCAACCUCUUCCGCACACAGGGCGUAGCCAUCGUCGCCAACAAGUUCAAGCGGGUGUACGCGACCAUGGUGCGGGAUGUGGAAGAUGCAGUCAGCGCCCGGAGUGCCGAUCACAGCAAUGUGCUGUGUCUGGGCGCCAGGGUCACCACCUUCGAGGAUGCACAAGAGGCGGUGGAGGCCUGGCUGAAGACGAGUCCCGGCGAGAACUGGGCGGAGACCCUGCGGGAACAGAUUCUAGGAGCCCCUGCCGCAAUCCAGGGCCUGGACUUUGCCCCACCAUUGGACUAG